AUGUUUUUCGCCGCCAAGACCCAUAAGGAUGACUGUCCUUUUCGUGUCAUUGUUUCCGAAUCUGGGACAUGGCAGAAGUGCGUCGCGGAAUUCCUGCAAACUAACCUGAGACUCCUCGAGGUGGUGGAUCCUUUCCUAACCAAAGAUUCUUCAGCCGUAAUCGAUUUUUUAAAUGUAUCUGACAGCGAGUGUUUAACUGCAUUCUCGGUCGACAUAAAAGAUUUGUACUAUUCUUUGCCACAUGAAGGUUUGCUCUCUAGCGUAGAGGCGGCAAUAGACGAGCACGGCGCUGUCCCUUUUUCCAACACUUGUGGUGUUAGUGUGGCAAGGUUUUUAGAGCUUUUAUCAUUUUAUUUGAGGUCCACGUUCGUUGAAUUUGACAAUAACAUUUACCUGCAAAAGCAGGGUGUUUGCAUAGGCUCAUGCAUAGCCCCUGUAUUAAGUGAUUUGUUUUUAGCUCGUUGUGACAAAGCCAUUUCCGCGCAGCUGGGGGACUUGGCUGCACACGUGUGUUGGGUGUAUGAGCCCAGAGCAAACAAGCCGCCCUUAAGGUACGGUUCUGCUCACUCGAAACUCAUAAAAAGAAGUAUUGUACGUUCUUUCUUAUCAUGCGCUCUUUCGAAGUCUUGUACCCACAUGUUGGAUGAAGGACUUAGUAAGCAGGUGGCUCGCUUGGAAGCAGCGAACUAUCCGAGACACAUCAUUAUCUCGGUUGCUGAAAGCCUGCAUCGUCGAAGGAAGGCAACUUCACGCCUGAGUGAAGAGCAGAGAGCGGAUGACGCAAGAAGGAAGAAAGAACUAAGGGACAAACAAAAGGUGGCUGUAAUUCCCUAUUUUCAUAGGGUUUCCCACAACCUAAAAAAUUUGAGUGGGCUGAGCUGUCCUACGAGGAAGCGGAAGCCUGUUUGCACUACUACACACAAGGAACCUUUUGUCACGUGCACUCGGAACGUAGUGUAUAAGAUUCCACUUUCGUGUGGGAAGUACUACGUGGGCCAGACGGGCAGAUGUUUAAACGUGCGGCUGGCGGAGCAUAAUAAUAAAGUAGAGAGCACCGCAAUAGAUGGGCACCUGGCUGCCCACUGUAGAAAAUGUGACGCGAAGGAACCAUGCUACCCUCUCUUUAAACAAACUGUUGUUGUG